AUGUAUCUUCCCAGAACGCUUCUCUCACAUCUCUACACACAUCUGGUCCGCAACACCCAUCCACUUUCACCACCCGUCUUGAUCCUCGUGUCCCUCGACCCCGAUGCUCUUUGUGCUUGUCGAAUCCUCACAGCACUACUCAAACGCGACUAUAUUCCUCACAAAGUUCAACCAGUAGCUGGCUACAGUGAAUUGUCCGCUGCCGGAAAGGAUCUCGUGCUUCCUCUGACGCGUCAACAUGGCGGUCAAGGCGGUAUUGUCGUCUGCCUGGGUGUCGGAGGACUUGUAGACUUGGAAGAGAUGCUCGCUCUAGAUGGAGGAGAAGACCCGGAGACACAGAUGAACAUGUACGACCACGGUGUUGAAGUCUGGGUCGUUGAUGCAAGAAGACCCUGGAACUUGCAAAAUGUCUUUGGAACUGGAGCCAUGGCCCCACCAGAAGAUCAAGAUGCCGCAAUCACCCCUGCAAUGGCCAAGAGGAGGAGAGGUGUUGAUCAGGGCAAAAUUCUACCAUCUUACACGCCAGGGAGAGGAGGUAUCAUUGUCUAUGACGAUGGUGACAUUGAACAAGAGUUGGGUGCAGAAAAAGAAGCCUUUUGUGCCCUGCAGGAUAUGCCAGAUAUCGAUGAAGAAGCAGAUGAUGGUGAUCUCGACGAGGAAAGUGACGAGGAAGAGUGUGCCGAAGACUCACAAACACGAAAGCGAAAGACAUGGAGUGAUGACGAUGCAGAGGAAGAAGCCGACAGUGAUAUUGAAGGUGACAGACCAUACCAAAGGCGGCGAAGUAACUCCAGCACCUCAAUACCUGCCACUCCCACUUCACCAUCAUCACGACGACACGAACGAUUGGAAAUUUCCAACCAUCCUUCAUCUUCACAACUCGGUCUAGUCCCUUCAUCACCGCCGCUUCAACCUAAAGCCCCGUCAGCACGAUCGCUUCGCCGCAAGCUACUCAGGAUGAAGCGAAAGCACGAAGCAGUACUCGAGGCAUACUACUCACUAGGAACUUCAGCCUCGGAGCCCAUAUCUUCAAUGCUGUAUUCACUAGCUUCUGAACUUGGUCGUGAAGACAAUGACCUGCUCUGGCUGGCAUUAGUUGGAAUGUCUUCCACUGAGCUCUAUGGCAGAUCCAAAACCACAAACUCCGAAGCACGCCAAAACCCAUGGAAUUUGAGUCGAGGCGAUCAGAUUCGUGACGUGCUCCGUGAUGAAGUACGCCGUCUCAACCCUGUACCGGCCACAGACAUCGCAAGGGAAAGAGACGAAGCCGGUGGCAUAAUUCCUACCAGUGCACGUUCGGCGACAGACACCUCGAUUCGUCUUUCGCCAGAACCGCGCUUCCUUCUGAUCAGACAUUGGUCCCUGUACGAGAGCAUGCUGCAUUCGCCAUACCUCUCAUCACGGUUGCAUAUCUGGUCGGAUGCCGGAAAGAGAAGACUGCACAAGCUCUUGGCCAAGAUGGGUGUCUCACUAGCUGAAGCCGAAAAGAGUUAUACACACAUGGACAUGGAACUGAAGCGCGGCCUGCGUGACCGCCUCUUGAAGUUUGCCCCUAUGUAUGGCCUCGAUGGACUAGUACCACCAGAAGACAGUCACCGUCACAGACACGAAGGCUGGGGCUUUGUCCGCUCUUGGGGUUGGCAGGCUUGUCUCUCAGCAGUCGAUGUCGCAGUCAUUACAAGCGCCAUCCUCGAAGUUGGCACUGAACAGUUUUUCGACACCAUCUCUGCCGCCACGCCACAGACCGACUUCCGCAUGAAGGUCUUUUCUUCAAAUUACAAUUCACAAAGUUCGAUCAUGGACCCGGACUGGACAACCCAUCGUUUCUUUGCCGCUUACGACGCUCUAUCUCCUUCAUCUUCUGCGCUACAACUUUUGCUUUCUCACGUACCCACGGCGCAGCAUCUUCACAGAGCAAUCCUCCGUACUGGCAGUGCACUCAUCGCCAAACAUCAGAUACGCCAUCUACGAGCUUUCCGGAUGGGCGUCGUCCGCGAAGGACCGGACGUAAACCUUUUCAUCCACCCCGGCGCUCUCGUCAAACUCGCCACUUGGAUCUCCGAAGCCAUCUCUGUACUUGAAGCAGAAAAAGGAGCCAAACGCACCUCUGACAACGCACUUGUUCUUGCCGCUCUCGAUGAGCGCAGAGGCGUUUAUGUUGUCGUUGGACUUGGUGGUGGUGAUGCAGCAUCAGGACGCAUCCGCAGUCGUGCAGAGCAAAAAGCCCGCGCCGAUAAGAAACUCGCCAGAGAAACCAAGAAAGCAGAAAAGAAAGCACAGAAGCUUCAGCAACGCGCUCAACGCAAGCAAGCACGUCGCGAGCGCGACGAAGCAAAUGGCAUCUUUGUCGACUCUGAUGACGAGGCCUCUGACGCUGAGUCGCUUUCUUCUGGUUCAGACUCUUCAGAUUCGGACGACGACAGUGAAGAUGAGGAAGAAGCGGAAAAAAGAAAGCAAAGAGGAUACGGCAGCAACAAGUUUGGCUCAGCUUUCCAAGAAGUGAUUGAAGAGACGGGGGCUAGAGUCAGAAUCGAUUCGUUCGAACACGAGGUUGUCGAGGUCAAGAAGGAAGACCUUAGUGGAUUUUUGGAGGCAUUGAGCUUCAAGGGUGUUGUCGGGUGA